GUUGUUGGUGACUUUUCUGUUCUUUUCUGUGGCUCAUCCAUGCUUCCUUGCAGUCAGACGAGGCAUGCUGGCCACCGGCUUGGCCCUGUUCGUGCCUGUUCAAAACGCGCGGGCCAUUUCGGGUGGAGGGAAGGAUUACGCCUCCAGCACGUUGACCUCAUCCUUUAAAGGUGGGAAGUAUGACAAGAAGGACUUCUCUGGAUGCAUCGCCAACAACUUGGACUUCAGCGAGUCCACCUUCCGCGGCUGUCGCUUUUACAAGGCGGAUCUGGGUGGCUCCGACUUUUCCAAGUCGGACCUCACUGGUGCGUCGCUGGAAGGGGCCAACCUGGAAGAUGUGAGCUUUGAAAACGCCAACUUGGAAGGCGCGUACUUCACCAACACGAUCCUCCAGGCGAAGAACUUGAAAGGCGCCAUUCUCACUGAGGCCUUGCUGCCCUCGGACGCCAUUCAAAAGCUCUGCGAACGUGAAGAUGUGUUGGCGAGUGAGGCGACCAAGGAGUCGAUCCCAUGCCCUUAG